CGAACCUGGUCAGUAACAUGCUGCAAGUGCAGAGGCGGUUUGUUGACCAAAACCUUCCGAUGCCAAUUAUAAAUAAGGCGUCGCCCGUUUGUAGUUGAAAAGAAGUUUCAUUCUCUCUUUUCAAACACAACUCCAAACAUUUUCCUAGCUGGUGAGAAAACCCUGCAACGAUCGACCAUGUCCAGUGGUGACGAUAACAAACUGUAUGAUUGCGGGACGUUACUUCUCUCGGUCACAGCCUCCAGCUUCACCACAGCUCAGAAGCGUUGGCGCAUUGCCUAUGCAUCGAUAUAUUCGGUACGGGUGAUGCUUUCUCUUGCCAAGGAGAUCAUAUCGAAAAGAGGCGGCCAACAACCCUCGAUCCUAUCCGAUCUGCAUCCGUACGUCGCGCUUGAUAUUGAACCAUCGAGCUCUCAGCAUUGGGGUGAAAAAUAUUCGUCUUCUUCCUUUGCUCCGAAAAUUGAUCGGAAGAGACUCGUGGAGACCGUGAAAGAAAAAGACUUGGGUUCUCUUCGCCAGCUUGGAGGAGUCGAGGGUGUGGCUGCUGCUCUUGGCACGAAUCCUGAAAAGGGAAUCCAAGAUGACGACCGAGAGGAAAAAAGACAGGAGACGUUCGGUGCCAAUACUUACCACAAGCCGCCUCCGAAGGGGUUAUGGUACUUCGUCGUGGAUGCUUUUAAGGACACCACAAUCCUUAUCCUUCUGGUAUGUGCUGCUCUUUCUCUUGGGUUUGGUAUCAAAGAGCAUGGCGCGACAGAGGGUUGGUACGAAGGCGGAAGCAUUUUCGUUGCCGUCUUUCUUGUGAUCGUUGUCUCUGCACUGAGUAACUUCAGACAGGAGACUCAAUUCGACAAACUAUCGAAAAUAAGUAACAACAUCAAAGUUGAAGUUGUCAGAGGUGGCCGCCGUCAACAAAUAUCGAUAUUCGAUCUCGUUGUCGGAGAUGUUGUCUUCCUGAAAAUCGGAGAUCAAAUUCCAGCAGAUGGGAUGUUCUUGGACGGAUAUUCGCUGCAAGUGGAUGAAUCGAGCAUGACAGGAGAGAGUGACCAUGUGGAAGUAGAUGCCACCAGGAACCCUUUCCUUUUCUCUGGCUCAAAAGUGGCAGAUGGAUAUGGUCAGAUGCUUGUAGCAUCCGUGGGAAUGGAAACAACAUGGGGUGAAAUGAUGAGCUCGAUUACCAGUGAAAACGAAAGAACACCGCUACAAGAACGACUCGACAAACUAACCUCUUCUAUCGGAAAGGUAGGUCUUGCGGUUGCCUUUCUAGUCCUUGUAGUCCUAUUAAUCCGUUAUUUCACCGGGAAUACGAAAGAUGACGAAGGGAGAACGGAAUACAUUGGUAGAAAGACCAAAGUAGACGAUAUCUUGAACGGUGUUGUUCGUAUAGUUUCGGCUGCCGUAACUAUUGUGGUCGUUGCAAUCCCGGAAGGUUUACCAUUGGCUGUCACUCUUACACUUGCUUACUCCAUGAAAAGAAUGAUGGCUGAUCAGGCAAUGGUUAGGAAACUUUCAGCUUGCGAAACGAUGGGCUCAGCUACAGUUAUUUGUACGGACAAAACGGGAACCUUGACACUAAAUCAGAUGAAAGUAACCCAGUUUUGGCUCGGCCAAGAGUCCAUCGAGGAAGAUCGUUCCAACAUCAUUGACCCGACUGUUCUUGAAUUAUUAUACCAAGGUGUCGGUUUGAACACUACUGGUAGUGUCUGCAAACCCAUCCCCGGCUCCAUACCAGAGUUUUCUGGCAGUCCAACAGAGAAGGCAAUUCUCUCUUGGGCUGUCUUAGGUUUGGGGCUGGAUAUGGAAAAAUUGAAGCAAAAAUACAGCAUUCUUCAUGUCGAAACCUUCAACUCAGAGAAAAAGCGAAGCGGGGUUUCAAUAAGGAGAAAAGCUGACGAAACUACUAAUGUACACUGGAAAGGAGCUGCAGAGAUUAUUGUGUCCAUGUGCUCACAAUAUUAUGAGACCAAUGGGGUCAUAAGGUCCAUGGACGAAUACCAAAGAAGCAGAAUUGAAACAAUAAUCCAAGGCAUGGCAGCCAGUAGCCUACGAUGCAUUGCUUUUGCCCACAAGCAAGUCUCACGAGAAGAGAUGGAACAUGAUGAUGAUGAUAGCGGAAAGACACAUCAAAGAAUCACAGAAGAUGGUUUAACCUUGCUGGGGAUAGUUGGUUUGAAGGAUCCAUGUCGCCCAGGGGUGAAGAAAGCCGUGGAAGCUUGCCAAUCUGCAGGGGUGGACAUCAAAAUGAUUACCGGAGACAAUAUUUUCACAGCAAAAGCUAUAGCUACAGAAUGUGGAAUCCUAGGACCAGAUUACAAUGAAGAAAGUGGAGAAGCCAUAGAAGGUAUUCAAUUCAGAAACUAUACACCUGAAGAGAGAAUGGAGAAGCUAGAUAAGAUCAAGGUGAUGGCAAGGUCUUCUCCAUUUGACAAGCUUCUGAUGGUACAGUGCUUGAAACAGAAAGGUGAAGUGGUUGCAGUCACAGGGGAUGGUACUAAUGAUGCUCUCGCGCUAAAAGAAGCCGACAUUGGACUUUCGAUGGGCAUUCAAGGCACUGAGGUAGCCAAGGAGAGCUCGGACAUUGUCAUAUUGGAUGAUAAUUUUAGCUCAGUUGCCACGGUUCUAAGAUGGGGAAGAUGCGUUUAUAACAACAUACAGAAGUUUAUUCAAUUCCAACUUACAGUAAAUGUUGCAGCUCUUGUAAUUAACUUCAUUGCAGCAGUUUCUGCCGGGGAGGUUCCCCUGACAGCAGUUCAAUUGCUGUGGGUAAACCUCAUCAUGGACACACUUGGUGCUCUAGCCCUUGCAACAGAUAGGCCAACAAAGGAGCUAAUGACGAAGCCACCUGUCGGUCGAACUGAGCCUCUCAUUACCAAUAUUAUGUGGAGGAAUCUUUUAGCCCAAGCACUGUACCAGAUAGUUAUUCUAUUGAUCUUACAAUUUAGAGGUGAGUCUAUAUUCAACGUGCAUGCGAGGGUAAAUGACACACUGAUUUUCAACACUUUCGUUCUCUGUCAAGUUUUCAAUGAGUUCAACGCAAGGAAAAUGGAGAAGCAAAACGUUUUCCAAGGCAUUCUUCAGAACAAGUUGUUCAUGGGAAUUGUGGGGAUAACCAUAAUUCUUCAGGUGGUUAUGGUGGAAUUUUUAAAGAAAUUCGCUGAUACAGAGAGAUUGGAACUAUGGCAGUGGGGAGUUUGUGUCCUACUUGCAGCUUUCUCAUGGCCAAUUGCAUGGUUUGUGAAGCUCAUACCCGUUUCAGACAAACCCUUCUUCAGUUAUCUCACAAAUGUUAAGCAAGCCAUCUGCCGCAAGAAACAUUCAUCCUACAGGCAUGGAACUGCAAGUGCAAUAAGGUAAGGUUCCGAAAGAAUAAAGAUCGAAGUUCGUAAUCACUCCACUGACAUGCCGAACAGAUGACAAACAACGUAAUGAGAUCAUGAUUCUAGAUUUCUUAUGUUUUGAGAGCCACUAACUCCUUAUUUACAUACAUAUAUAUAUAUUCGAUCUAACUUUUUGGGGUUUGCUCUAACUUCACCCAGGAUUUUUCUAGCUACAUGCCGGUUGUUAGCUUAUUCUUUUGUAAGGAUUUGGUAUGGCUUAUUCCUUCAUAGAAGUUUUGAAACAGUAUCAUUUGUGCUA